CGACCGCCACGUCCGCAGCCUCGUGGAUGCUUCCCGAACACGGCGCGCCGAACGGGCGCUGCCGCACCGGCACGACUGGAGAGCGCCAUUCGAUCUUCCUUGCCCUCCUCAUUUAAAUCUUCAAAUCCCCUUUCUUUACCUUAGCCUACGAGCUCAACCCUUCCUUCUUCCAAACCCUAGACCCCUCCCCCUUCCCAUUCUUAUGACCCCACGCUCCUCCUUUCCCAUGGACGCCCAGAACCGCGCUCAAGACCUCGCCGCCUCCGUCCUCGCCGCCACCUCCCCGCCCCAGAUCGCCGCCGCCUGCUCCGCCGUCGACGCCUUCCUCCGCCGCCACGCCUCCGACCAGUCCCGUGCCUUCUUCUCCAUCACCUUCCCCGCCCUCCUCUGCCGCCUCUUUGGCUUCGACGACUCCCCCCGUCGCCCCUCCUCCUCCCCCUCCCUCUCCUCCUCCUCUUCCGCCUGGAUAGACCGUGCCUCUGCCGAUCCCCACCUCGCCGCCUCCAUCUCCGACCUACUCUCCCCCCAGGGCAUUCUCCUCUCCUCCAUCUCCUCCGUCGAUCACCACGCCCUGGUCAAGUAUGUCUUCCCCCUCGAGCACCUCCCUCAAUGGAUGCGCUUCGCCCUCCAGAGUGAUAAACCCUCCUCCGUCCUCUCCGAUCUGUGCGCUCUCUUCAGGAACAGGGUCAAGGAGGACAAGAUCCAGGGAUCGCGCCAGCUCCAGCUCAAUGUCUUUGAAUACUAUAUGUUCUGGUUCGCGUACUAUCCCGUUUGUCGAGGAAAUAGCGAGAAAGCUGAUCGUGCCAUCAAUGAUCGGAAGGGCCGGAGGUUUAGGUUGGAGAAUUGGACCUCGUCCCUCUCGGUCCUCUCAAGCUCGAGUCGCCGGCCAGGGCAGAAGGCAGAAUGUAGCUUGUACCUCCGUCUUCUUUACGCUUACCUCCGAGCUUUUGUGCCGAAGUAUGGUCUGGGAUCUUACCAGCCCUACCGCAGUUCUCUUCUUCAUUACUCAUUGAGCUACGAUGGUUCUGCUUUCUUGCAAGCCGAGUUCUUGGUGCACACUUUUAUACACUUUUGGAUGGUCGAUAACGAUUUCUCGCCUUUGCCAGUGCGUGUGUCCCAAUCUCUUGUAUUGUCAUUCCCUUAUCGACCAGUUUUGGGUGAGACUCCUCCUACUGCUGGAUUGGGAGAAGUGUUGAAGUUAUUCGUGAAUUAUCUGAUUUGUAGGUUUACUGCUCCCAACGAUGAAGGGAAUGACCAGACGGUGUAUGGUGGAAGUCCUGUGAGGAAGGGUUCUGUGGAUGUUGUUCAGUCAAGGGCUAUGAUGGUUCCUGGUGAUAAUUCUUUCGGUUCUUGGAACUCAGUGAUGCAGAGGCCUUUGUAUAGGUUUAUAUUGAGGACUUUUCUGUUUUGCCCAAUGGGAGCUUCUAUUAAGAAUGCUGCCCAGGUGUUCUCUUUGUGGGUGACCUAUAUGGAGCCAUGGAAGACUAGUCCAGAAGAUUUUGUUGAGUUUGACACACAGGGAGCUGCCCAGAAUCCGGGAAGUUUGAGAAAGGAGAACUUUGGGAAAAUUAAGGAAGAUAAAGAAGGGAACCGAGUAAAAUCUUUAUACUCACCUGCUUGGCAAAGCUAUGUGUUGUCCAGUUAUCUGUUCUACAGCUCGCUAGUUGUGCAUUUUCUUGGGUUCGCACACAAGUUUCUCCAUGCAAAUGUGGAGUCUGUGAUUCAGAUGGUUUCACAGGUGCUAAACAUCUUGACUUCAUCCAGAGAGCUGCUGGAACUCCUUCGGAAAGUUGACGCUGCAUAUCAUUCUAAACCAGUUGGGCCUUCUUCAUAUUCUUCUGAUGAAGUAUAUAAAUAUGUACCAUCAAUUCGUGAACAGUUGCUGGAUUGGGAGGACGGUCUAUGUGAAAGUGAUGCAGAUGGGUCUUUCUUACAUGAGAACUGGAACCGUGAUUUGAGACUUUUUGGUGAUGGCGAAGAUGGAGCUUAUAAAUUACUGCAGCUGUUUGUGCUGCGCGCUGAGCAUGAAAUCCGACUUGUUUCUGGGGACGUCUCGCAUAACCUCCAGGCAUUGGAUUCAAUGAGAUCCCAGAUGAAUAUCCUUUUUGGGGGCCCCAUCAGGAAGUCUUUGACACCCAUCUUAUCCGAAGACACAAAUGACCUGCAAUAUGGACGUGAGAUAUUCACUCCUAAGCAUCCAGGAGUGGGGAAACGUACAUGGGCUGAUGUGAAAUAUAAAGGCGAUUGGAUGAGGAGGCCAAUCUCAGACACUGAAGUAGCAUGGCUAGCAAGACUUUUGGUCAGAUUGUCUGACUGGUUGAAUGAAUCUCUUGGCCUUUAUCGAGUUGAUGAUAAUGAUUCUGCAGGCCCAACAUACGUGGAGGUGGGUCAUGAUGAACCUGGCACUGUGGGAGGACCAAAGGAGGCUCUCUAUAUGAUGCUAGCCCUUUUGAGUUCCUGGCUUGGGCUGUUUGGCCAUGCAGUAAUAAAGUUCAUGAGAAUGCAUCGGAUGAGGAUCAAUUUGAGGGUGCUGGCCUCAAAGAAAUUUGUAAUGGUUUUGGUGUUGUAUGCUGUUGUUUCUGCAUUGAAGAAGGCUUUUUGUGCGGCCUUCACAAAUUCCAGCCCUGUGUGAUCGUGCUUGGCUACCAUGUCAUGAACCCCAGUUACUAGAGUCUGCUGCUGACAAGUCGUAAAUAUAUGUACAGUCAUACAUACAAAGAUAUUAGGGUUUUACGAGUUGUUUUGCUACAGUAUGAGUGCAGGAAAUCCAGGUGGUUUUGACGAAAAUGAAGGGUUUCUUUUUCUUCAGAUUGUGUUUUUGCUGUUUGAACUUGGUGAACGAUCAAUUUCAUCCAGUAAAGUUUGAUACUUCUAACACAACACCAAUUUCAUGAGGCAACGUUAGUAGUAAAGCAUGUCUUGGUAAUGAUUUAUCACAAACUAAUUUAAGGCAGUUGUUGAAGAACAUCAACUUUGUUCUGGUAACAAGGUUUCUUACUGUGAUAUGUAUGAAGAUGAUGCGGAUUACAAGAUCUUUGA